AUGAGGAAAAUAGAGAGGAUCGUUUGGAGGUCUAGAGAGUUCGAGAAAGCUGUAACCAUCAGGAGUAGCAAGAAUAUGAGAGGGAGAGUAAGAGUCCUCGUGCCAAGUUUCAGUAAGACAAAAAAAAUCAGACAUGCGGCCUACUACAUUGAGAUGUUGCAAUUGAUAGUGGACACGAAGAGUUCAAAGGUCAUAAAGCAAGAACAGGACAGGUUAAAUGGUAUUAUAUCAUCAGCAUCCUAUCAACCGGAUGGACAGAUGGAAAUAGAUUACGCCAUUUUUCGGAGGAAUAUUUUGGGAGCGUUCGUGGAAUCGGCAGCCGAGUACAUCAUGCAGAUCAUGCAGCGUUGGAUUGAGGGCAAGGUCGAACUGACCAUGAAACGCGUAAGCCAGGUGGGUAGCAGCUGCUUCAAAUCUAUCAUGCUUAUUUACAUGAAGCUGCAUUAG